GACAAGGAUAUCUUUCAUUUAUGUAUCGAAAGAACUUCGGUAUACCCAUUUGGAAUGCAAAAAUCCUUUUUUAAUUAUUAAAAACGUUUUAAAAAAUUUACACUGUGACAGUAACACUUAACAAUUUCUUCUCUAAAGACUGUUUUAUAAAAACUAAAAACUUCGACCAUAAUCGAUAAAGAAAUUCAGAAUGGAAGCCAGUCAUAAACAACUUAUUUAUCUUUCUAAUUGUUCAUCUCGAUUAUUCGCAUCACAAAAGAAAUCAUCUUAAAGUUUUGCUUGCGGAUGAUCAAUGUUGGAAGAAUGGUAUUGUCGUUCAAUUGCAAACAACAAUGCAGAUGCAGAAGAUGAUGACGAUGAUAGUCCAGAGGAGGAAGUGCCUAAUUACAAGGAUCAAUAUCGAAAUCUUAAAAGAAAAUUAAAAUUUUUAAUUUAUGAAAAUGAAUGUUUUCAAGAAGCUUUACGAUCUACACAAAGGAAACUACUUAAAGUAAAUAGGGAUAAAAGUUUUUUAUUGGAUAGAUUAUUACAAUAUGAGAAGGUAGAUGCUUCAUUUAGUGAAAGUGAUGAAACAGAAUCAUCUGAUGAAGAAGUUACACGUCUUGAUACUUCAAAAAGAAAAAAAAUAGAAAUAGGCAUUAGUAAUCACACACCACAUCAUAUACCGACAGUAACAAAACCUCUUAAUACAAAUAAAAAGAAGAAACCUACUCCAAAAGUGACAAAAUCAAAUAACACACCCAUAGUACAAUCAUCAAAUAAUAUAGUACCAAUGUCAUUAAUGUCAGAUGGUCAUAUGACACCAGAAGAAGUAGAAAGACAUCUAGAGUCUCGACAAACUUAUUUGGAAUUAGUACCAGAAAAAGCACCACCUACUGUUCCAACUGAAAUGUUUAGCAAUGACCCUUCAUUAGACAGCGAAUCUAACGAAAUCGGAGAAUUAGAAACAUCUCCGAGUAAUAUAGGUGAAGAUUGCCCCAGUGUGGAUAUGAUGGCUGAGUGACAAAUGUUUAUUCAUAAUUUAGUGAUUAAUUACAAACUGCACAUUAUUAUAUAUUUCAUUAAUAAUAUCUUAGUUAAUUUAACUGUAUUCUUCAUAACGUAAUACAAGUUUUUAUACAUGUAA